CCUCAGGCAGACGUCGCUCAGAGGACUCCCUCUCUGUUCCGCACGACAGAGAUCUCAUCGCACCUCUGCCGUGUUCGUCGUGAGCCCUCCUGUCUGGCGGAGUGCCGUCCGGCCUUGUGACUGAUUGGCUCAUUGACUCAUCGACUGACUGAUUUGGUCGUUGGACGUUCGCUGCCCUCUCACCGGUAAGCACAGCACGAGAGAUGACAGACAGACAGACAGACAGACAGACAGACAGACGUGUGAACGACACACUCACUCACUGCGCCAUUGUGUGUGUGGCGGUCUUCAGGCGUCGUGUGGGCUGCCGUGAGACCAGCGGGCGGCAACAAUGAGCAGCACAUCGGCAUCAGCUGCUGCAGGUGGGCCGACUGAGUGGGAGAGGGAGGGGAGGGCUCAUGUGUGUGUGGUGUGGUGUGUGUUGGCCAGGUGGUGGUGGUGGAAGUAGCGGUGUGGUUGACUUGGGGUUGGAGCCAUAAAUCACACCGCCACACACGACAAUGAGCAGUCGGUGAGCCAUGAUGCGGCCGCACAAGCAAAGAUCGUCAUGGUCUCGUCUGCUUCUCGUGAGUCUGGCUCACUUGAUUGGGUUUGACUUGAUUGGGUUUGGGUUCGGGCGGCAGCUAUACGCCCUGCCCGAGGCCCUCAUGCACGGCACACUCCUCCCCCUCAUCCACCGGCGCCCCCACACCGCACUCGCCGAGGUCAGCAGUGCCCUCUGCUGCACCUCACCGGCAGUCGGCACCGCCGUCGCGGCCGCCCUCAUCCAACAAAUCGACAGCAUCAUCGAACGCGACGGCCUCAGCGGCGUCAUCGGCUAUAGCCCGCUGCGCCAGUCGACCGGCGUCAGUCGGUCAUUCCGGCUGAUCCGGCUGCACCAUGUGAUGGUGACGAGGGGCGACUGGCGGGGCAACGUGCCGGUGCUGCGGAUCGCCAAGAGCUGUGGACGAGUGCAGCAGCUGCCGAUCGAGCUGACGGAUGACGACCUGCAGCAGGUGGGCAGCAAGGCCGUCAUCGACAGCCGGCCGCCCAGCAUCCACCAAUACGCCCUCUACAGUCACCGACUGGAUCGCAUGACAGGGCUGACGCGCGAUGCCAACGGGAGGGAGAUCCUGGGCAUUGGUGAGGUGGUGGUGUACACACAGCAGACGGUGCCGGCUGAGUAUGCGGACCGAUUCGAUGCGGCCGAUCCCCCGUGUCGACGUGAGAGAUGGGAAGGCAAAGUAGCGCAGGAGAGCCAACCUGAAAUGGAUGGUGUCUGCCACUGUUUGUAUGUGUCUGCAGACUGUGGUGCCGAGUACGGCAGCUUCCGAGGACUGAUCAUCAGGAGGUAUACAGCGACUCAGAUGAGAGAACACGACACACCAAUGUGUCGUGUUGUCUGCCUUUUCCCUCGGUGCUUUUUCAGUUUGGGAGAGUGGUUGUCGCGUUUGGUGUCGUAUGAGUUCUGGACUCCGCCCUCUGACGAGUAUCGUAGCAUCGGUGGCCUGAUGGCCGAGCAGCCGCCCCUGUGGGGCGGCCGCACCAUCGACCACAGCACCAUCGGCGACCCAUACCGACUCCGACUCGUCAUCUUGUGUGGCGACGAGGAGGGCGACGACUUCAUGGCAUACAUCAGGAUGUACGUGCAUGGUAAUGGGUCGGCAUCGAUCGACCUCUGGACCACCGAGGCGCCCCGGGAGGGCGGCAGUGGCCCUGCUGCCUUCCCGCGGGCAGUCGACAUCGCCCACAACAAGAUGGACGGCCCCGCCCUGGCGCUGCUGCGAAACAUCUGACGGAGGUCGAAUGAAACGACACAUGGGGGAAGGGGAAGUUUGUCCACGUCUAUUGCCUUUUCUCUUUCCUUCCCGGUGCAGGCACCUCCCCGUCUUUCAGCGUCGAGAGGCGUCGCGAGGUGGCUGUCGACCGACUGGAAUGGUGGUGGGUGGGGUGACGGGGGGAUGGCGUCAAGGGGGGCUGAAAUGGCUGGCAGUGGGCGGCGGCUGGUUGACUUUAAUCGGCUGGCGGACAGAUGGAUGGAUGAGUUGAUGUGUGUGCCUAUGUAUGUGUAUUUGCUGUUUUUCAUUCACUACUCUGUGCCAGGUGAAUGAGUGUCGGCCACGUCAUUUAUUCCAGCCACGGCACACGCAUCAUCACCCGCACACACAAAACACACCACCGGGGAGGCCGCGAGAUGGACCGAUCGGCCUGCCUUCAUCCGUGUCUGUGGUGUGUGGGAAUCCCUGCGUUCUUAAUUCCUCGUGUGUCGAUGUGGUGCGAAUAUUUAUCUGUCUGUUUGGAUGGACAUACACCUGAUGAACCGACUGGGUGAGUGGCCGGACUGCCUCUGUGCAUGAGCAUCCUUUGAAUUGAUCGAUGACA